AUGAGACAUUACCACUUGAAAAAGAACCAGCACUUCUGCCCGACAGUGAAUCUGGAUAAGCUCUGGACGCUUGUUAGUGAGCAGACAAGGCUGAAUUAUGCUAAAAAUCCAGCAGGACUAGCUCCAGUUAUUGAUGUUGUACGCUCUACAGUGACAGCUAAUGGGAAUCAUCCCAAUGUAAUUAUAUUUUUCUUCUCUCUGAAUCUAUUGCAGAACUGCUCUGGUUGUAAAGAAAAAAGGCCUGCACACAGUUUGUGUACUAACUGCAACAAGUGGCUUUGUAGCUUAUGUACUGAAGAACACAGCCAUAGCAAAGAAGCCGGAGGAGAACAUUUUUUGCCAGUCUCCUUGAAGGGGUGUUCAGGUAGAAAUGCUCAUGUUUUUUCCCUUUCUUGUGCUGAACAAUAUAUUUAUGAUUCACUUAUAGGAUCUGUGUAUGUGGAGACAGAGGAUAUAUGUUGCAGGAUGUUGUUGAGGAAUAAAGAGUCACUAUUCAGGCAUCUUCAAGAAGCUUUGCAAAAUCAGAGGGUUAUCCUGGAAAACAUAACCUGCAAAGUAGAAGAGAAAAAAAAUGUAGUGCAAGUCUCAGCUAAACAUAUUGAAGACAGAUUGUUUGAAGCAAAACACUUGCAACGAAAAGUGGAAAAUCAGAUCAAAAUGGCCAAAAUGGUCCUGAUCAGUGAAAUAAAUAAGCGGACAAAUGUUCUCCUUGAACAAUUGGAGCGGAUCUCCAGUGAAAGGAAGCAAAAAAUGGAACAACAGCUUCAGGGCAUCAUGGUGUUAAACAGACAGUUUGAACACGUGCAAAACUUUCUUAGCUGGGCAGUAUGCAGUAAAAGCACUGUUCCAUUCCUCUUCAGCAAAGAACUGAUUGUUUUUCAGAUUCAGCGUUUGCUAGAAACCAACUGUAAUGCAGAUGUGUGUUCUCCUUGGAAGAUCAGAUUUACAUGGGACCCAUCUUUUUGGACUAAACAACUAUCCAAUUUAGGCCACUUGUCAAUGGAAGGGGGGCCAAGCCACCAUUCAGAUGUACCAACCUAUGCAAGUAUACAAGGAAUACAGCCGUCUCUGUAUCACCAUCAUGGCCAUCAUUCUCCAGUGCCACAACAUGACCCACUCAGUAACCAGCCCCACCAAUUUCAGCCUCCUGUCCAUUGCCUGGCACCCAUGUGCUGUGCCCAUUGCCUUAAUAUCCCACAUAUGAACAAAGGGCAGCACUCUCAUCAAACUGUGAGCCACCCCCAGCCUUUCCGCCAGCCUUCUGAAAUGCAGCACCACCCGCAGCAUUUCUCUCUGCAGUACAGUUUGCAGCAACACGAGAGGGAGCAGAGGUGUGCCCCACGCGUGCUGAAAACCAUGCAGCCAUGUGCUGAGCAGAAAUCUCAUCAAGAGCCCGAUAGCCUAACUACCAGGUUGGCCAAGAGCUCCCAAGAGCAGCCAAUGCACCAUGCCCUUCCACCUGUUUAUCCCCUUUCAUCACAGGAUGGCCACCAAAGCCAAGGUAGUCACUCCCAGCAACUCCCUGCACAGUCUUCUCUGCACAGUCCAACGGUGCAGGUUCAAGUUGGUCCCCUCCAGAAGUUAAAGCUGAAUAACUUGCAGCAACAGCAACAGCAGCCAUCACAGCCGCAGCCACCCCAACAAGAACAUCCAUUGCCACCCCCACCCCCACUCUCACCGCAGCCGUCGCCUGCAGCAGGCCCAAAUGAGAAGGCUCACGAACAAGUGAUACAACAGAGCUUGGACAUCAUGCACCACCAAUUUGAACUGGAGGAAAUGAAGAAAGAUUUGGAGCUUCUCCUUCAGGCUCAGCAACCAAGCCUGCAGCUCAAUCAGGCCAAGCAGCCUCAGCAUGUUCAGCAAACCAUUGUUGGCCAGAUAAAUUACAUUGUCAGGCAGCCAGCCACGGUUCAGCAGCAAAACCAAGAAGAAGUACAGCAAAUUGGUGAAGAUUCUGCUGAAUCAGAAGGUCAAAAGCCAGCACUUCCUCUUGACAGAAAUGCGAUUCCAUCUAUGUCUCAGCCAGUAGAUGAAGCCAUUGUCAACAUGCAAUCUCCAGAGAGUAUGUUGAGUCCAGUCAGAAAGCGGUCAGCUUCAAUGAACAUAGUGGGUUUUCCAAACAUUUUAGAAGUUGAUUUGUCUUCAACAAGGACAUCCAAACAAGCUGAUUCACAGGCAAAAGAAAUCUGCAGUGCAACACCUAGCCUGUCCCAAAGUGUACCACAUAUCUCCGAAGUGCUUCCUGAACCUGUAUCUACUUACAAUCUGUCUUUGGAUAGAACCAGUACCCUGAGUUCUGAAAAUAUUGAACACUUAGCAAUUGGUGGCAUGCCUUUGGUAAACCCAAUUUGUAAGCUGGAAAAUGAAGAGUUUAGCCAUGUGGGUUAUCCUCUUGGAAGCAAUACUGUCACUGCACAAUCAAAAGACAUGAAUGAAAUGAUUCUUCCUUUACAAAAUAUUCUGGAAGAGCCUAUUAAUCUCUCAGUGAAGAAAACUCAGCCAUGUACCUCUCCUCCCUUACUUAUCAGCAAUACCACCUUCAUGCAAUCUGUUAAUCCCAAACCAGGACACACUGAAGAUUGUCCUAACUGUGAAGAAGAACAUUUUGAAAAGGAAAUUAAAAGUAGUCAGAACAACAGAAUUUGUGCCAAAGAGGUGAAAAUCCCUUAUGUGCGAUUGGAACGAUUGAAGAUAUGCACAUCAGAAUCUGGAGAGCUUCCAAUUUUUAAAUUGCAGCCACAAAAAAGUACACAUGAUGGGACAUUUCUGUUGAUUAUUGAAUGUGGUACUCAGUCUUCAAGCAUGGCUAUUAAGGUCAAUCAAGGACAUUCAUCUGAAAGUCUAAAUCCUAAAGCUGGAGAAAACCUGGAGAAAAGCAGGAUCCUCACAAGCCAGCUGACUGAACAGGUGUUACUUCCUUCAGGAGAUCACAGGCUUAGUAAUAACAUGAAGAAAUCUGGGCAUCCUCAGGAAGAUCACCCCAUUGAGAAUGAAGACUUUUGUGCUGUUUGCCUGAAUGGAGGAGAACUUUUGUGUUGUGAUUACUGCCCGAAGGUGUUUCAUCUCUUGUGUCAUGUUCCUGCAUUACUUAGUUUUCCUGUAGGUGAAUGGGUGUGCACACUUUGUCGCAAUGUGGAAAAACCAGAGGUAGUCUAUGAUUGUGAAAACACACGAUUUGACUACAAUACGCUGAUGCGAGCAAGACCAGUUUAUAGCCUUGAUGAAUAUGACCAAAAGAGAUGUGAGAAAUUGGUGCUGUCACUGUUCUGCAAUAGCUUGAGUCUUCCAUUCCAUGAACCGGUCAGUCCCCUGGCUCGCCAUUAUUAUCAGAUUAUCAAGAAGCCCAUGGACUUGUAUAUAAUUCGGAAAAAGCUUCAGAAAAAAGACGAACUGCAUUAUACCUCUUCAGAAGAGCUGGUGGCAGAUGUUCGCCUUAUGUUUUGGAACUGUGCAUCAUUCAACUAUCCUGAUUCAGAGGUUGCCGAGGCUGGAAGGUGCCUGGAAAUAUUCUUUGAAAGCAGGCUCAAGGAAAUUUAUCCAGAGAGGCAGUUCCCCUUGGUGCAACAAGAUGAUUCUGAUUUAGAAGAUGUGGAGAAUGAAAAUAAUCAAGCAACUCCCAAAGAAUUGCAGUGGCCUUCAUAUAGGCAAGAGUGUAUCCAGCCUAAAAGAAGAAGACGACAUGCUGAAAAUGAAAAACCUAAAAGACCCAUGUUUUGGCCAGCGAAAGGUUUCUCUCAAGUAUGA